AUGCGCGACAACUCCUACUCGUCAGAUAUGGGAGGCGAGGAUCCGGAUUCGACUCACCACACGAUAUCAGAGGAAGUGCAAGAUUCUAUCAUGUCUUCCGACGGCGAAAUAACUGGCAUUUAUAGCCCGCCUCCCCGCAUAGCAUCUCGAAUCUAUAAAUCUACCUUGACCCGCCGAAAAUCAUCAGCAGCAUCAUCUCGACUGAACUCCAUGUCCUCACACCACUCCAGUCGAUCCACGCGAUCUGCUCACGGCGGCCCUCAGAGUACUCAUGUUGCCCAACAUCUCCGACGUGCUUCUAUAAUAGAGAGCCGUAAAGCCAAAGCAGCAGACAGAAAUGCACAUGCUGAGAAGGUCAGGCUACGAGCAGCUAUGAAUAAAGCAGCUCCACGUACUACUACGAAUAGCGAAGAGCGCGCCAUUGCCGCGCAACAAGCAAGAGAACGAUACCUUGCUCAGGUCAAGGCCAGUUGCGCCGAAGAAGUCAAGCGAUCGAAACGGGUGGCUGAAGAACAGCGAGAGAAAAGGGCUGCUGAACAUCUCAAGCUUAAAGAGGAUAUGGAAGAAAGGCAUGCGGAAGCCGAGAAGAGAAAAGCUCUCCUACAACAAAGCCAGCGGCGUACAAGGACGAUUAGUUUGCCGUCUGUGGAGGAGAAACAGGUCGUUGCAUACGUAUGGAAACCGAAGAACCAUGACCAAGCGGCACGAAUCAUACAGCGCACCUGGCAAAAUCGGCAGCGUAAACUUACGAUACAAGAAUUUCUGCGACUUGGUUUGACCGUUGAAGCGGUUCAGAAAACAAGUUUUGAAGAUGUUGGAGUGCUCUUAAAUCAGGAAAAUGUACUCUCCUGCACGACGAAGAUGCUGAAGCUUUGCGGACUCAAGGAUAUGGGAGAUGAUGAUGCGGCCGAGAAGGCGGCUGUUCGAACCUUUUUAAGCACGUUUCUGAUCCUUGGCCAUCCAGCUCAAGUGCUGAGCAAAGAAGGCGAGCAAGAACAGGAUCUCGUGAACAAAGCGAAGGAUCUUCUUCUUCAUUUCGAUCGUAUCAUCGACGACUCGUCAGGUCCGAGGCAUUCAGUCCUAUCGGCUCAGCUUGCAGAGCUCUCAGAGGCGUACGCUUCUUUUCAAGCAGCCUUUGCUGCUUGGAAAGCACAUGACUCGUCCUAUUUGGUGUCAAAUAUGCUUGCCCAAUUUGUUGAGCUUGAUGCUAUAUGGCAAACAGUCAAAGACGACAAGGACGGCGAGGUAGCGGCAGACUAUAGAGAAGGCAUCCAGCACAACCAGACUUUGGUGCUUGUCCGGCUCAAAAGACUCGCGGGUCCAGAAAAUGCUAUGAAGAUGAUUAAGCACGCAAUUCGAGCAAGCAGAAAGAUAAGAUCAACCCAAAGCCCUGCUCCUGACAACAAACCAAGAGCCGCGCCGGUUGACCAAGCUUCGACCGAGUCUGUUAUGCCAGAAGUACCCGCUCCAAGGCCGGCGGAAUCUCCAUUCACGGCUGCAAAAGGAAAGGAUCCUGCGAAACAAAAACUCGAGUCUUCAACGCUGUUGCCUGACAACCGACACAUACUGCAUGAGCUUGCGAUCAACAAAGAGUUCAAAGUCGAUCUACAGCCACGUAUUGACCUGCGGGACACUCUUAUCGAUGAUGUGUCAAGAAGCAUGCAACAAGGCCUCGAUGCUGCAGAGGGAGAGAUCUGGGUCCCUGCCAUAGCGAAGGUGAUAUAUGAGAAACUCCUCCGUUUGUUGACACCGGGAAACUCGCUUCAUGUCUUGAUCUCCGAAACCCUCGACCCUGCAAUGGUCGCGAAUCAAGUUAAGAACGGGGCUUUUUCGUACGAUAAAUUCUUCUCCUUCAUGAACACCAUCCUACCAAAGUUGUGUGCACCUGUUCGAGACUCCGAUGUUAAGGACCUUGCAGAGAAUCCAAGCCACGAUCCUAUUAAACAGCUGGCUAGACUCUAUUAUGUUAUCGACCUACUCUUGCUCGAUCACAUGAACUUUAUGCUGCAGAGAUUGGGACCAACGCUUAUCAAUGGAUCUGUUGACUAUGAGAAAAAUUGUUUCCUAACAAGGCUGGAGGAUCAGUUUCCUGUAAAGACACUAAGAUGGUGGAGAGCCGCAGUGGCCAAGACGAGAGAAGAGCCAUUGAGACGAACAGUGGAGGGCAUUUCAAGCCCAGCAGCCAGGGUUACAGCUGAUAGGAUAUACAUGUACGGACUUGUUGAUCUUGCCAUCACAACGAACAAAGUCGAAGAUGCAGAAAUUCCCGAAACCCUUGAGCUCGACACUCAGCGUCUGGCACGCAUUCGCUCAGAUACUCUCCGCUUGAUUACAGUAUCGUCUAUCCUUCUCACUGCAAAGAAUCUCCUCAGACGCGACGUACGGUCCCUCUGGAAACUUGAGAGCCAGCGGAUGUGGGAUUUGCCAUUUUCGUCAUCGCCGGCGGCAUUCGUCGCUAUCGUUGAAUCUCGCUACGCCCUCCCACCGACUACCAGACAGCAACUCACCGGUACAAUAGCGCGCCUGCUCACAGACGCUCGAGCAGGACAAGUAAGCCACCCUGUCAUGAAAGUGCUCUUGAAGAAAAUCUAUGCCCACGUUCUCGCUCGACUCGCGGCGUCGAGUGCAGAAGAACGCAUUCGGACGAGUACUACUGCCAGUGAGGUCUUGGGAUCGAGCGGGAUGCCGGAGUCCGUGGCAAAGAUUGGCGACAUAGUACAAGAGCUGGGCAGGGUGGCAGAUGUGGAUCGGGAAGCUCAUGGCAAAUGGUACGAUGAGGUUGCCAAAACAGCUACCGAGGAGUCUAAUGAGUGA